CCAACCACUUUAGUUCAACUGCCAACUUUCUAGUACCUCAUAAUUUCAUGGCUCGUGUUACAAACAAGAAUAACGGGUACUUCUUUCUAUUUUUUUUAAUUCAGUUCCAGAUGAUUUCUCUAUUACACUGAGGGAUCCGAAAGUCAGUGAGGAUUUAUAUAGCCGACUUCAACUUGUUGGUAUUAAGGUGUAGUUGUUGUUGCAUUGAGGGGUUGGGAAGUCAGUGAGAAUUCGUUUAACCGACCCCAAUUUGUUUGAGAUUGAGGCGUAGCAUUUGUCAAUGAACACUGAAAUGCUACCUAAUACUAACCAAAUGACUAGGGCCAUCUUUCCUCAAUUGCCCUUUUUAUCCAAUAACUUGAAGCCAACAUCUCAAUCUCAAAAGCACAAUUUUGUUGUUAGAUGUAGUAGCAAUGGCCACAGUAAAAUAAAGCAUAGAAAUAACCAAAGGGUCAAAGUUUCUACUGAAAAUAGACAAGCCCAUGUACAGUCCAAUGAUAUGAAAGUUCUAAAUUGGUCAUGUAAAGUAGGCAAGUAUGAUGAAACCUUGUAUCUUCUUGAAUGCAAAAUGAAGAGUGGUUAUAAACCUGAUGUCAUUCUCUGUACAAAACUCAUUAAGGGAUUCUGCAACUCAAAAAAAUCGGACAAAGCGGAGAAAGUUAUGCAGAUUUUGGAGAAAUCUGGUGAACCAGAUGUGUUUGCAUAUAAUGCACUUAUAAGUGGAUUCUGCAAAAUGAACAAAAUUGAAGCAGCUAAUAAGGUGUUGAAUCGGAUGAAAGCCCGAGGCUUUCCUCUGGAUGCUGUUACUUAUAAUAUCUUGAUAGGUAGUCUUUGUGAUAGAGGGAAACUAGGAUCAGCAUUGAAGUUGUUGGAUCAGUUAAAAGAAGAAAACAAUUGUAAGCCUACGGUUAUUACAUACACAAUCUUGAUAGAGGCAACGAUUCUUGAAGGUGGGAUUCAUGAAGCAAUGAAACUUCUCGAUGAGAUGUUAUCGAGAGGGCUUCAACCCGAUAUGUACACUUAUAACGCGAUUAUCAGGGGAAUGUGCAGAGAAAAAAUGAUGGAUCAAGCCCACGAGUUUGUUAGGAGCUUGCCAUCCAAGGGUUGCAGACCGGACGUGAUUUCUUAUAAUAUUUUGUUAAGGGCAUUAUUGCAUAAGGGGAAAUGGAGUGAUGGAGAGAAGCUAGUGAAUGAGAUGUUUUCCGCGGGAUGUGAACCAAAUGUGGUUACUUAUAGUAUCUUGAUGAGUGCUUUAUGUAGAGAUGGGAAAUUAGAUGAAGCGAUCAACUUGUUGAAGAUAAUGAUGGAUAAGGGAUUAACACCGGAUACAUUCACUUAUGAUCCUUUAAUAUCUGCAUUUUGCAAAGGAGGGAGAUUAGAUUUGGCUAUUAAGUUCUUGGAUUAUAUGAUUUCCAACGGUUGCUUGCCUGAUAUAGUGAACUACAACACUAUACUUUCUACAAUGUGUAAGAAGGGUAAAGCCGAUGAGGCCAUGGAAGUAUUUGAGAAGCUCGGGGAAAUAGGUUGUCCUCCGGAUGUGAGUACUUACAAUACAUUGAUGAGCGCGUUAUGGAAUAAUGGAGGGAGAGCUCGGGCUUUGAGAUUGGUUUCGGAGAUGAUAGAAAAAGGGAUUGAUCCUGAUGAGAUUACUUAUAAUUCAUUGAUAUCAUGUUUAUGUAGAGAUGGGAUGGUGGAUGAGGCACUUGAUUUGUUAGGAGAUAUGGAGGAUAAUGGUUUUCCACCUACUGUUAUCACUUAUAACAUUCUCCUUCUUGGAUUAUGCAAAGCUCAUAGAGUUGAUGAGGCAAUUGAAGUGCUAGGUGAAAUGGUUAAAAAGGGGCGUCAACCAAAUGAAACGACUUAUAUUCUACUAAUCGAAGGUAUUGGUUUUUCGGGAUGGAGAGUUCAAGCAAUGGAGCUGGCUAGUGCAAUUUAUCAAAAGAAUGCUAUCUCGAAAGAAUCACUUCAACGUUUGAGAAAAACAUUUCCUGUACCUGAUGUUUAUAAAGAUAUUACUCUCUCAGAAACCAGUAAGUAGCUUCCUGAAUCUGUUACUGAUAUUUAUAAGAAGCCAUUUGUUCUUUAAGAUCAGAAGUUUCAGUUAUCCUUGUGUCUUUUGUGGUGGAAGUCUUCUGGUCAAGUACUCAAGACUUUGCGUUCAACAAAAUCUGGAAAGAAGUUUUGUAACUCAGGUACCAUAGGGCAGAUUAUAUGAUCUGCUAGUUUAAGAAGUAGUGGGAAGACAUUUAGCGGUUUCAUAUACUUUUCUCUGUAUCGUUCAAAUUUUAUCAGAAGUCCAUAGAGGGACAGGUUUUAUAUCAAUGUUCAAUACUUGUACUUUACUGACAGUCCAAGCAAUGUUCAAUACUUGUACAUGAAUGACAGUAAUAAAGAUCUCACGCUUCUGUA